AUGGGGGAGCGCUGGCGAGGUUCGCUCGGGGGCCACCGCAGCUCUGCGGCUGGGGCGGGAUUGGAGCCCGACAGUGGUGCCCCUGGGGGCCUGCUCCAAGACCCUCAGGAGGCUGAGCUGGGCUUCCAAGACCUGGAAGAGGACAUUCCCCCCGAGGAGAUGGCAGGCCAGGAGCUCCUGGGGGCCCCUGGUCCUGGAGUGUCCCUGGACUCCGAGGAGGACCUUCCUGAGAUGAGCCGGCUGACUAUCGCGGAGGAGACCCCCAGCGUCUCCAUGGCCAGGGGCCAGAGGCGGCGGCAGCGGAGGUUGCUGGAGUUGGCCAAGCCCAAGACCAACUGGCAGGGACCCAGGGACAGGAGGGGGUGCUGCUGUGAGGGCUAUGCCUGGAGGUCCCCACGCCAGACCAACCUGCAGUUCUGCCUCUUCUGGCCCUCCGUGUACUGGACCGAGCGCUUUCUCAAGGACACCACUCUGGCCAUCACUGUUCCUGCGGUGUCCCGCCGGGUGGAGGAGCUGGCGCGGCCACGAAGGUUCUACCUGGAGUGUUACAACAACAACAGGACCACGCCCACGUGGCCCAUCCCUCGGGCCACCCUGGAGUUCCAAAGCUCUAACCGCCUGAAGGAGCUGGCCACCCCCAAGAUCCGGAACAACAUUUGGAGCAUUCAGAUGUCUGAGGUGUCCCAGGUGUCCAGGGCAGCCCAGAUGGCCGUCCCCAGCUCACGGACCCUCCGGCUGGCAAAACCUAGGGUCCCAGCCACCAUGUUGGAAGAGUGGGACCCCGUGCCAAAACCUAAACCCCAGGUGCCAGACUACAGCCGUCUCCUUCAGCUGGCCAAGCCCAAGGCCCAGUCAGACAAAUGCCUUCCUGAUCGUGAUCCCCGCUGGGAGGUGCUGGAUGGCACCAAGAAGGCGGUGGCCAGCCCACGGGUGGUCUUCCUGGCCCAGCCCAAGGUGCGCAAGGACUUCAAUGAGGACUACGACCCCUACCGCAUCUCCCCAGCCUCCCUGGUGGCACAGGCGUCCCCACGCCUCUACGAGCUUGCCACCCCAAAGAGCAUCACCAAGAAAGUGUGACACCAGGCCUGACCCAGCUCCCAGUAAACACCAAGAGUAAGCCGCCGUGUGCGCGCUGAGCUUCUUGG